AUGGCCGGAUCAACCGUCAUCUCCAAUGCGGAGAAUCUCAGCAAGUACAUGAGCCUUGACCAGCGAGGCAAGAUCAUGGCCGAGUACGUCUGGAUUGAUGCCGUCGGUGGUGUCCGCUCCAAGACCAGGCCCGUCACCUCUGCUGAUGAGCUUCCGGAGUGGAACUUUGACGGCUCGUCCACUGGCCAGGCUCCUGGUGACAACUCGGAUGUCUACAUUCGCCCGGUUGCUAUCUUCCCUGACCCCUUCCGCAAGGGUGACAACAUCCUCGUCCUCUGCGAGACCUGGGACUCGGAUGGCACGCCCAACAAGUUCAACCACCGUCACGAGGCUGCCCGUCUGAUGGAGACUCACGCCAAGGAGGACUUCUGGUUCGGUCUCGAGCAGGAGUACACUCUCCUCGACACCGACGGCUGGCCCUACGGCUGGCCCAAGGGCGGUUUCCCCGGUGCCCAGGGCCCUUACUACUGCGGUGUCGGUACCGGCAAGGUCUACUGCCGUGACAUCGUUGAGGCUCACUACAAGGCCUGUCUGUACGCUGGCAUCGCCAUCUCUGGUAUCAACGCAGAGGUCAUGCCCGCCCAGUGGGAGUUCCAGGUCGGUCCUUGCCAGGGCAUUGAGCUCGGUGACCAGCUCUGGAUGGCCCGUUUCCUCCUCCACCGCGUCGCCGAAGAGUUCGGUGUCCGCAUCUCUUUCCACCCCAAGCCCAUCCCCGGUGACUGGAACGGUGCCGGUCUCCACAGCAACGUGUCCACCAAGGCGACCCGUGAGGAGGGUGGUCUGAAGGUCAUCGAAGCCUACAUGAAGAAGCUGGAGGCCCGUCACUUCGAGCACAUUGCCGUCUACGGUGAGGGCAACGAGGAGCGUCUCACCGGCCGUCAUGAGACCGGCAGCAUCGACAAGUUCAGCUACGGUGUCGCUGACCGUGGUGGCUCUAUCCGUAUCCCCCGCCAGGUCGCCAAGGAUGGCAAGGGUUACUUCGAGGACCGAAGACCUGCCAGUAACGCUGAUCCUUACCAGAUUACCGGUAUUAUUGUUGAGACUCUGUGUGGUGGUGUCUAA